GAUUAUGUGCUAUUUACAAAUUUGUUCUGUUGAAUGACUUGUUUGAAGCGAUAGGCAGUCUGUAGCCGUUCCAAAUUUAAUAAAUUCCCACAGAAAUGAUCAGUCUUAACAAUUGUGCAGUCAUUCUGAUGACUCGGUAUGAUUAAUCAGCAUCAUGAAGUGAAGUAGCUGGGACUUGGGGGAAGAGCGAUUUGUUUUCGGCUCUUGCCGGCAAACUGAAAGAAUACUUACGUACCUAUUUCUCGAAUGCUUUGCCUUGAAAUGAUAGCUGUCUUAGAAUUUGAAACUGAGAUUAUAUUAAGAGGUACUUUUUGAUGGGGAGGAAAUGGCUCUUGCAUUUGACAAGUGUUUCUUUUCACAGUGAUAAUUCACAGGUGUUCCAGGCUAACGUUUUGCGAACCCGCAGGAACAGUACAACAGUUAUGAAUCGUCAUAGUCUGUUUGUGCCAUCAUCUCCUGUUCGUAUUCCUAGCAGCCGUCUUCAUCAAAUCAAACAGGAAGAAGGAAUGAAUUUGAUAAACAGAGAAACAGUACAUGAAAGAGAAGUGCAAGUAGCAAUGCAGAUGAGCCAGUCAUGGGAGGAGAGCUUGAGCCUGAGUGACAAUGAUUGUGAAAAGUCGUCAUCACCAAAGCAAGUAGACUUUAUCCCAGUUUCUCCAGCUCCUUCACCUACCAGAGGAAUAGGGAAGCAAUGUUUCUCACCAUCUUUGCAAAGUUUGGUGAGUAGUAGUGGAUUACCUCCAAGUCCUAGCCCAAGUCCAACAAGGCGAUUUCCAAGGAGAAGCCAGAGUCCUAUUAAUUGCAUUCGACCAAGCGUUCUUGGGUCAAUAAAAAGAAAAGGUGUAACAGAGAUGGAAGAUCAUCCAAAAAGAUUAUUCCAAGGAUCCUCCAGCAUGCUUACCCCUGAAGUUUCACAUCAGACAGACCUUGGGGGAUGUCUGUCGUCACGUGGUCUUGAUGACAAUAGAAGCAGUGCAGGCUCUUCGUGUGACUCACCAGCUGAGGUUGGCACCAACACAGGCUCUCCGGUCUCACUUUCUGACUCCAGAUCUCCGUUUGUACCAGUAGAUCUUACAGCUAAGUUACCUAUUAAUUGAGAAACAUAAAUCUGCUUAAUGGGCGCCAAGAAACAUCUGGAAAUCUAGAAGACUUUCUGUUGUGUGUAACUGCGUUCUUUAUGUGAUUGUUCCUCAUAGGAACUUCCAGAAAUGUCAUUAUUUCUAGAAAACUUCCAGAAUAGUUCCUUGAGGAAGAAUUCAUGUUUCUAGUAAUUUGUAUGACACUUACUAAAAUACGGUAAGCAUUUGAAUUACAAAUAUAUUUGAUGCUAACAUCGGUAUACAAGCUGUUGAUUUGCAGUGAGUAUUGUCUCAUUGGUGUAAGUUACAAAUAUUAUAUGUACAUUCUGCUUGUAGAAAACUUGGCUUUCCAACAGGCUGUGUCCUCGCUAAUAUAAAAUGGUGCUGAUGUAGUAACAGAUAAUUUUCAUGUUUGUCCUCAAUCUGAAACCAGUGAAGCAUCUUAAUAAUUUAUAUUUUUAUUCCCUGAGUGUUAGCUAUUUAUUUUUUUGUUCUUGAAAGGAAAGUGGAAGUAUUGGGAAAAAAAAAAAAGAUUUUUCUGCUCUCUGAGGAUUGGCUAUUAAUCAGUUCUGUAUUAUAGUUGGAUUGAAAAGAACAAGUUGGUGAAUUGUCAUUUUUAUAUGUUGGAUUUUAUUCAUGAUCAUGACUGCUGUUGUAACUAAAUCCAAAUUUGGUGUAGAACAUUCUUUGGGUACUUAGGGGCAUUUUGGUUUCUUUUCCCCAUUAGAUGAUGUAUUAGAGUGGUAGAUGCUCUGUUAAAGGUCUUUUAAUGGGAAGGGAAAAAAAGUAAUGUUUGGAACAAUACACUAAAUCCUAAGAUUUUAGUAUUGAGUGCUUCAGAAGUGCAUUAUUUUAACAGACCGUAUCCAUCUUCAUAUAUGACUUCUGUUGGAGAAAAACAGUGAGGGGCCUUGAAUGCUUUUAUACAGGCUUAAGUGAUUGAAUAUGAACACCUAACUGCAGAUUCUUGCAGUGUUUAAUCUCCUGAUAUCACUUCCUGAACUUAAUGGCAUCAAGUUAUUUCUGCUGAUGUAAACUUCAAGUGGUGGUUAGAAGCCUAGAAUUUAGUCAUUUGAUAUGGAUUCUUGUACUAUAUUUGAAAAGUCAGUUGGGUUGAGGCAUCCUGAUAUCAACCCUGAAAUUCCCAAGACAGGAGGAAAAAUCUGCAAACCACCAUAGACAGCUGUUUCAAAUUUUCUGGUGGCAACUUCAUUUUGGUUGUUGACUCUUAUUAUGCAAUUGAACUUCCCUCCAUCUGGGGCCUUGUUUGUAUGUGUGUACACAUUUGUACUAUGUGGUGUUUCCCGCAUGGUUAAUAAUGAAGCAAAAUGUUUUAUUUUUAAACACUAAAACUUUGUAAUGUAUAAUAAAGUGAGAAAAGAAUAGAGACUUCCUGAAGUGGAAGAGAAGCCUGUUCUGAACUCUGCCGUAAAAAACUCACACGGAUGAAGCUUUGAUUGACAGCAGCUAUCAAAGGUAGAAAUGGAAGAUGCAGAGUCGAAGGCCUGGUGAUCUGAGGACCAAUGACCAGUUUCAGCAUAUCCUUAUCACAGAAAUAAAGUAGAAUCUAUUUAAUAGUUUUACUCAGUUCAAGUAAAAUAUGACACUGUUUACUUCUGCUUUUAUUCCUCUUAAAUUAUUGUAACAGUCAACGUCUGUGUUGCAGGGUGGGUGUUUUUUUUGUUUUUAAUUCAAACUGCCCUUUACCCCUGUGGCAAAUAGACAAGCCUGUGUUUAAUGUCUAUUUGCUUUCUCUCUAUGAUGACAUAGCUUAGUUUUGCAAUGUCACAUAUGUGCCAAAGACUUACUGGUGCGUUCACUCUUUGUGGUGAUGGCAAGACUGAUUUUUUUUUUUUUUUUAAAUCUUGCUUAUUUGUUAAGAAUGAACCUCCUCAUAAUCUGUUCUGGUCUUU